AAGGACCUCUUUACUAAAUUCUACGCAGAAUAGGUAUUGUCCAUAGUGAUUUAUAUAUUUUUGAAUAUUAUGUCAACUUCGGUAAAUAAAUUACAUCUCUUUGAAUUUCAUCAAAGAGCAUUACAAUACUAUGAAUUACAUUAUAAAUUAUUCUUUCGUAGAUAUAAAUAGUUUAUCUUUUACUUGUGGUUCCAAGUGCUAAUCCUUUAUUACUUUACAUGCAAAAUAAUCAUUACCAAACAUAACUAAGUAUCCCGAUAUUGGCUAAAAUUACUGAUAAAAUGGCUAAUAAAGUUAAACCCUUGAGUUAUAAACAAAAUGCAUUCAAAUAACUAUUCAUUUAUAUAACUUGACUCUGGUUAAAUUAAAAAGAAAAUAAAGCAGUGCAUGACCAAUUAAGAGGUGCCUACUUUGUGCUGCAUAUUUCAUUAUACACUCGCGUGAUGCGUUACGGAUUAAUUAAACAAUUACUAGUAAACAAAAACCGCGACGAUAGAAUCCUCGUCGAAAAUAUCUUUAAAGAAACUACAAGAAAUGGCAAACAAAUUUUACGAUGGGUUUAUCUUGCUCUUACUCCGACAAAUUUUAUUAUUGGAUCUGAAAAAGUUCUAAAACACUUCACAUCGGAGUCUUAUAUCUCGUAUAGAGAUGACUUACGAAAAAUUCUUUCGUUCUAUCCUUUGAAAGCAAUUGAUUUGACGAUUUUCAAAAAAAGUAGAAGGCAAUCAUUAAAAGUUUGUUUUCAAGGAAUAAGAACAACAUAUUACGAAUUGGAAUCAAACUCUAAGAGAAAUACAUUUUGGAAAAUGUGGAACAUCUACAUAUCAGAAUUGAAUAACGAAACGAAGAUAUGGCCCUUUAAUGGAAGUCAUAAUAAGCAGUAUCGUUUGCGUUGGAUUGAUAAAUAUUUAUAUCUUGGAGAUAAAAGGGAAAUUGAGGACCAAAAUCGACCAAUACCCGUGGCAGGUCUUGGUUCUAAAUUUAUUAAACUACUUAAUUUGAAACCUCAAUAUUUUGGAUGUCGCACUCAAUCUGAUCAUUGGGUGCAAUGUGAUUAAAAUUAAAAUAUACUUAGCUACUUGAU